UUUCGGCGAUGGCCUCCAACCAAUCGCUCGGCACUGACCGUAUCUGGGUUCCCGCUUACCAACUCCUUCACGAAUUACUGAUUCAGGAAUUCCAUGACUCUAACCUCUCCGGUCAUUUCGGGGUUGAAAAAACCCAGAAAUUACUUCACCGUUUUUAUUAUUGGCCAGAUUCGGCGUCUGAUGUGCAGAGAUACGUUUCAAUAUGCCCGACCUGCCAGCGCAUGAAGUCCUCUCGACAGCGGCCAGCUGGACUGCUGCAACCGCUCGAGCCACCCCAGAAGCUGUGGCAACACGUGACGAUGGACUUCGUCACGCGACUUCCGGCCGGCGCAAGUGGCAACGACGCCGUCCUCAUCGUCGUCGAUCACUUGACAAACAUGGAGCAUUUCGCACCCUAUCGUACGACCAUCACAGCCAAAGAAAUCGCCAAACUCUUCAUCUCGACCGUUGUUCAUCUGCACGGCCUACCAUCGGCGAUCAACAGCGACCGCGAUACCAAGUUCACGUCCAAGUUUUGGUAAGAGACAUGGGAACAGUACGACACCCGCC